AUGGGUGGUGAAGCAGGUGGGGCCAACCUUGCAUGUGACGCGGCGUUGGAGGAUGUUCAGAGCUACGACCAUGAACAAGUCGGCCAAUGGAGCUCUCAUAUAAUUAUUAACAACCCCCAAUGCCCUCUCACACCUCAAAAACCAUCAAUGGCAACCAACACAGUUCUCCAAUCACUCAUUGAAGCCACAACACCUGAUCAGCCAGACGAUGAUGCCGAAACCGACAACCCCCAACCCCCGCCAUACCGCUUCAACGUAAACUGCACAAUCAUACAACAAGGAGUAACAGCGCCAGAUACCCCAGAGUCGCGCGAGAAAGUUGGUAAACGAGGAAUGCAUUCCGCCUCCGGGGCAUACUGGGACGUUAGCCGUGAUGGAAUGUGGACGUUCAAAUACCCAAACGCGGAGGAUAAGGGACUAGACUUGGUCUUGAAUAUCGUGUGGUUUGGCGCGAACUGA